CUUUCGACUGUUGACGUUAGUAGCGCCAGCUGUCAGGGGAAGUUAGCAAGACUGCUAACCUUCCUAGCGCGUUAUUUAAAAAAAUUGUAAUGAUGUUCCAGACUAUAUGGUAAUCAUCGCUAGCACUGGAUUUAUCCUAAAUUCAAAUGAAUUUAUGUGCAAAAGAAUCCGUCUCUCCCGCGGUCUUUUUGUUGAGUUGUGCACAGAAAUAAGGAUUGCUGUAGCUGGCUAGCUUGUUGUUAGCUGCGGACAAAUCUGGUGCAGGCAGGUUUUGGACUGCAGACACAGCUUCUCUUGUUUGGAAGUCAUUGUUCGGGAGCGGAAAGUUGUAUUUUACAGAAGGACUUUAAAGAACUUGCUGCUUUAUUACGGAACGAACGGACUUACUGCAAAAUGCAAUGCUUUGAAUUAUGCUUUUUUAGCAUUAUGAAUUUAAACCAGUAGCGCUGGAUGAGUAGCAUGGUAUUUAGACUUUAGGUCAAUCGACUGCUUUCUACCCCAAAUCUACUGCAUUGUUGAACGCGUAUUUACCGAUCGCAUGGUAUAUUAACUAUUUAUUGACCAAGGAGCGAACGCCUGUUUUAAUCCACAAACAUGGAUAAGAAAUCCUUUGACAUAGUCUUGGAUGAAAUAAGAAAGUGCGUGCUGACCGAUCAACGGAUCAAAGCCAUAGAGCAGGUGCACGGGUAUUUCUCCAGUGAGCAGGUGAUGGAUAUACUGAAAUAUUUCUCAUGGGCAGAGCCACAGAUCAAAGCAGUUAAAGCUCUGCAGCAUAAAAUGGUUGCAAUCCCUACAACCAAAGUUGCAAACAUCCUGAAUUGCUUCACUUUCUCAAAGGACAGACUGAUUGUCCUGGAACUAAUUGCUUUGAACAUUUCAGAUGCCCAAAAUUUUCGUCCUGUGGAAGAUCUGUUUCGCAUACACCUGUCAGAGAAAAAGCGAGCUCGCAGGAUACUGGAGCAAGUAUGUAAGGUUGGCUGCAAGGCUCCUGUAGCCAUGAUCUCCUCCUGCGGUAUGAUACCAGGAAAUCCCUACCCUAAAGGUAGACCCAGCCUCGUCAGCGGCACAUUUCCUGGAAUUCCUCCAGUAAAGAAAGAAGCAGAAAAGAAAGAUGACACUUCUAACAAUUUUGAGGGGAAAGGAAUUUCCGCUCGCAUCAUUGGACCUUUCAAACCAUUUCCGUCGACCUACAACCCUCAUCGGCCUGUGCCCUACCCUAUACCCCCGUGCCGACCCCACGCCACCAUCGCACCAAGUGCGUACAACAACGCAGGCCUUGUUUCUGUGGGAGGGGUUAUAACAACCAGCGUGGCCCCUCCCCCCUACAGCUCCACCCACAAAGUAGCAGGUUACGCCAAACCAGGCAAUCCGCACAACACCACCCCUGGAGUCAACAGCGGACCCCUCCUCAUUCCUCACGGGUCCACGCCUUCUACCCCCGUCCCACCGCAAGCUUCUCCUGCUCAGCCACCUCCCACCACUCCCAUCACGCCGGUGUUCCCCGGCAUGGUUCCCUCUCACAACCCCAAUGCCCCUUCUCACUCCCCGGCACCGUCCCCAUCCGUGAUCAAAGCGGGCCCGCAGACGCCCAGCGGCCACGUCACGCCAACACCCUCGUCUGUCAUUAAAGCCCACACGCCUUCAGGCACCCCGUGUGGGACUCCCGUCCCCGGCAGCGGGGGCUUCUCCCCUUCCCCCUUCCAUGCCGUCUCCCGGCCGGGCACCCCCGCUUCCGGCCGCGGCGGCCAGGACCCUUUAUCUCAGACGACUCAGCAGAGGGGCUUCUCUCAGUCCACAGAUCACCAGUCGGGACCCGUCCACCACGGCAUGGGUAACGCCUCCGGGUCAGUGAUCCGGAGCUACACCCCCUCUGGACAAUCGGCUCCAGUUAUUCCCAGCUGUUCCACCCCGGGUCCCAGUCCCAAACCCUCCCCGGCUCAUUCGGGACAAAUUCACGCAGCCAUGGCCGCGGCCGGAGUGCUGAACAGGCACAGCGGGGGCAGCAACAGUGGCAGCAACAGCCCGGUGCCCUCUGCUUUCAAGGGCACGUCCCGCUCCGGCACCCCCUCCGUCGGCUCUUACGUGGUGCAAGGCUCCGCCCAGGCCGCCCUGGCCCGUUCCUUGGGCCUGUCGCACCCCUCGGGCUCGGCUCAAGUCUCGCUCUCCAGUCCCGUCGCCCUCAGCGGCUUCCAAGCUCUGUCGUCCAGCCCCUCGCCCUCCCAUUAUCCCGGCCUGUCCCCCUUCUCCUCCCUCUCAUCCUCCCUGCCGCCAUCCUCCAUGCAGUCAUCCAUGUCCGCGAUGCCCCCCACUACCAACAUGUCUAACCACCCACCGACCUCCAUCUACUCGGGCCUGGGCCCCAACUCCGCCUCCGGUGCGGCCUCCCCUUUCGGGCUGGGGCUUACCUCUGCCGCCUCGUUGUUCCCGGGCCUUCCUCCCGGCGCUAGCCCCACUGGUUUCCCAGGGUUGGGGGUUUCGGGAGGGCACGGUGCCGGCAGCCCCGUACUGUCUUCUUUCAUGGGCCUGCAAGGCGCCUCUUCGGCUUCAGUGGCGUCGGUGUCGCCACUGCAGGCGGCGGCGGCGGCUGCAGCGGCGGCGGCCGUAGCCGGGGUUCCGUCAUCGUCGCCAGUUUUGCCUGGCUUUGCGUCUGCUUUCAGCUCCAACUUCCAGCCGGGGUUGAGCAGUGGACUCCAGCCUCCGGGAAGCAGCGGGUUCCCCGGCUUGCUUUCCUUCCCCGGGGUGCCGGGCUUCUCUCCCUCGGCCUCUCCUGCUGCCCUCGGUGGCCUCCACAACCAAGCCAUGCAGUCUGCCCUCCUGCAGGCUCAUCCCCAAUCUGCGCUGGACGGCUUCCCCCCUCAGCCCAACAGUUUUACCAACUACCCACCCGGCCCAGGAAACCCCUUUCCCCUUCAGCCAGGCCUGCACCCGCAGUUGGGUUGGCAGUGAAUCCCACAAUGAAACAUUGAGUACACUUUACAUGUCCAUCUGGCGUACACGCUUUUUUUUUUUUUUUUUGGUCUCCGAUUGAAGAGUCUCUGUGAUGUUACAGCCAGACUCUUUACUACAAGAAAGAUUAUUGUGAAAACUGUUGAAAUAGUAUCUCGGGGGGGCUGCCAUAUUUCCUAUAUUAUUCAUAGUGAACAGUUGUAAAUAUCUGUUUAGGUUUUAGACCAUGACAGUUUUAAAUGCUACCCGGACUGGGCUGCUUUUUAAUCAAGUUUAUCAACACUUGUUAGUGAAUAAUUAAAUUGAAAAAAUGUACAUGAUAUCAUGUAAUGAAUUGUCAGUAUGGUCAUGUAGUGUUUAGUGUAGUCACAGUAGAAAGGACGUGACAUGAAUUCUUUUGGUGACUUAUGUUGUGCGCUACAGUUUUCUUUUAAGGUGGGAACAUCGACAAUGUUUUUGAAUCCCCGUUUUGGUGUCCGGGGGGGGAUAUGUUGAUCGACGUAUGGACUUAAAAUAUUAAAUGUCUAUAUUGUUGGUAAUGCUCUCUGCGACGUUACUAAACUGUAAUUUUACCUCAUUUACUGUAAACCUUUGAACACUCAGAUAAUAGACGAUCUGUUUGAUGCCCUGUAGUUUUCUUUUUUUCUGUUGACACCUGUUUUAUUAUUUAGUCAGUAAACUGCUGCCGGCUGUUGCUGUAUCUCUUUUCUGUGCCAUGAACCUUUUUUUUUUUUUUAAUGAAAUAUGCAAGUCACAGUUUUGAAUUGAAAAUACACAGCGCUAAAAAUGCUA